UCAAAACAAAUGAAAUUCAUAAAAUUGCUAACACUCUUUACGCUAAUUAUAAUUGCAACGAUUACGCCAACUUCAACAGACAUAACCUGCAUCUCAUGCCUAGUAAAAGUUGAUAAGGACUGUUUCAACACUGAAAAUUUCAAAGUAAGAGAUUAUUAUCGCAAAAAUUGUCCAUCUGGUUACUGUACCAAUUUAAUUGGACAACAUGGUGAUAUUGAUAGAGGAUAUGAGGCCGAUUAUAAUACAAGACGAGCCUGCGGUGGAAUAGAUUCUUGCAAUAGGCCGCAAGCUAUUUGUUGCACUUGUAAUACCAGUGAUUGUAAUAGUGAUUUAUUCUGUGGAACAGCUUCUCAAAUUGAAUUGGAUUACUGGAACAUUUUCGCUUUAAUUAUAUUAAUAACUGUUAUUAAUAUGAGCUAA